AUGAUGGGCAUGCUAACCGGCGGCGCCCUGCCCGGCGCCGCGCAGCCGCCGGCACCCCAGGCGGCACCGCAGCAGCAAGCUCCUCCAGCGGCAGCACAACCGCAGCAGCAGCAGCAGCAGCAGCAGCAGCAGCAGCAGCAGCAGGCCCCCGCCGCGCGGCCGCUGCUUGCUGCCAUCGACGACAUGCUGCAUCGCCUGCAGCAAGGGCUGCAGCAGACCGGCCCCCCAGCCGCAGCCACGCCGCCCCCCACGCCCGCGCUCGGCCCCGCGGCAGCUGCCGCGCAGCUGGCGGACCCGGCGCGCUGGCGCGAGCACCAGGAGGCGCUGACAGCAGCCGUGUUGCGCGUGCUUGAGGGGGAGGAGCGCGCCGCGCCAGCGGCGGUGGAGCGGCUGCGCGCGCGGCCUGCGGCGGACGCGACGCCGGGCCAGGCGGCGCCGCGAGCCUACCCCCACACUGAUCUGCUGGUGUCGGCGCUGCUGGCCCUCCUGCGGCGCGCCGCGGACUUCCUGGCCACCAGCCUGGCGCCCCGCCUGGCGGCCGUCGCUCAGGGUGGCGCCCCCGCGGCGGAGCAGCUACGCUGGGCGGGCGCCCAGCUGACGGCGGCAGGCGCGAUGGCGUCGAGCCUCGCGCGCGGGCUGUCCGCUGCAGCGGGCGCGGUGGAGGGGCGGCCGGACGGCCUGGUGUACGCGCUGGCCGCCGCUGCGCAGGACGCCGACGGGUGCACUCGUGUUGCUGCCGGGUAG